CUUUGCAGGCCGCAAUGCAGCUGCUUAUAAAGAUCACACUCACGAUUUAUUGUGUCACUUUUACGGAGUUAUCAUGAAAAAGACACGAAGUAGUGCGGGCAUCACCCUCAUCGGUCACAGGCACCUCAGACCCGGGUGGUGUGCCGACUCCGCACAUAGCUCCAGUACCCCUGUCCCUUAUCGUGAUUCACAAAGGUCGGCGAGUUUGAUGUGCGGGCCGUUAUUACCUUUACACGCAAGACUUCGCGUGAUGUGGGUAUGCACCCGUACCAUAACCCUAGCACGAACGAUUCCUCGACCCAUAUAGAUUGAAUACUGCGUGGGUUCUAUGCUAUCCUAGCGUCCGUUCUGUCCCGCCCGUCUUAGUGAUUCGGUGUAAGCGGCGCUUAGGUGAUUACGAGGAGUCGCUGAGACACGAGCCAAACCAGACGUCAAUG